AUGUUUAGUGAAUCUUAUGAAAGAAGACUUCUUCAGCAAUGCAGUCCUAUAAGCAGGAAACAGUCUGUGCUGGUCCGGCCAGAGCCUAUGGACAGAUUUAUUCCUUGCAGAUUAGAAAAUAACUGGCAGACUAGUUUUCAAGCAAUUCGCCGUGGUACAGAAAAUCAGCCAGCAAAGAAACCUCGUAGCGACGGUAGCAAUGACGGUGCAGGAGGUGGUCGAGAUCAUCUCGCAUAUGGAUGUCUAUUAAGGAACGAACUGCUUGGAGCACAAAUCGAAGAAUUACGAGGUCCACCGACGAACUGUGGCGAAAGCAAUAGAGCCGCCCUGGGCGCUGUCCAACUCGCUUCAGCGGCUCGAGCUGCCUUAGCUUACUCCCCUCCGGUGUUCAGAUUCCGAGCACCCGUACACAAUGCUGAGGAGAAUAUCGAUCCUUCACCGUACAGCCUAUCGCCGGUUUCAGCGAAAUCACAAAAACUUUUGCGAUCACCACGAAAAGCGACGAGAAAAAUCUCGAGGAUACCUUUUAAGGUCCUCGACGCGCCCGAGUUACAAGACGACUUCUACCUGAACCUGGUCGACUGGUCCGCACAGAACGUACUGAGCGUUGGGCUCGGGAGUUGCGUUUACUUGUGGAGCGCUUGUACUAGCCAGGUGACGCGACUAUGCGAUUUAUCGUCAGAGGGUAACGCGGUGACUUCAGUGGCGUGGAGUGAAAGAGGUCACCUGGUUGCUGUGGGAACACAGAAAGGACACAUUAGUGUGUGGGACGUCGCUGUUAAUAAAGAGGUAACGAAACUGCAAGGACAUAUAGCCCGUGUCGGGGCUCUGGCGUGGAACGGAGACAUACUGAGUUCCGGAUCAAGGGAUAGACAUAUACGGCAAAGGGACACUAGGACGCCGCCGUUGCAAUCGUCUCGAGUUCUACAAGGGCAUAGGCAAGAAGUAUGUGGAUUAAAAUGGUCGCCGGAUGGCCAGUCGCUAGCGUCGGGCGGCAACGACAAUAAACUCUUCGUGUGGUCUAUGCACUCGACGUCGCCGGUGCAGACGUACUCGUCGCACGUGGCGGCGGUGAAGGCGAUCGCGUGGUCGCCGCACCAGCACGGCCUGCUGGCGUCGGGCGGCGGCACGGCCGACCGCUGCAUCCGCUUCUGGAACACGCUCACGUCGCAGCCGAUGCAGUGCGUCGACACCGGUUCACAAGUGUGCAAUUUGGCGUGGUCGAAACAUUCCAGCGAGCUGGUGUCAACUCAUGGCUACUCGCAGAACCAGAUUUUGGUUUGGAAAUACCCGUCUCUUACUCAGGUGGCCAAACUCACCGGUCAUUCGUACAGAGUCCUAUACUUGGCUCUGUCGCCUGACGGAGAGGCUAUAGUCACAGGGGCUGGAGACGAAACUUUAAGAUUCUGGAAUGUUUUCUCGAAAACUCCGUCGCACAAAGAAAAUAAAAGCGUCCUGAACCUGUACACGGCAUUGAGAUAAAUUGUUGCCAGCUCAAAAAGUGAUUUAAAAGUUUCUAUAUGCCAACACGUGACUGUGAUGCAGUGUCAAAAAGUGACUAAGUUUUUAGAUUUUUCGUUUCGACUUUUGUGUUGAUCAUGGAUGUGAUUUUUGAUUUGGUGUGUAUGGCUAUGCAGGCAACUUGUAGUUGCCGUGUUGAUUGCGAACUCUUAGAUGUAUUUAUAUUUUUUUUCCUUUGGGAAUAUAUAUUUUUGUUUUUGUAUAGUGUUAACAAUAUUUAAAAAUGCAUGAAUUUACUACGAGUGAUACGUCGAGAGAACAUAUUUUCGUCGACCUAUAAACAUAGUCAUAUUAUAUUGGUACAUAACACACUACAUAAUCAAGCUAAUAAUUACGUGAUUUCGUUUUUGUAAAACUGUACAUUGGUUUGUCUAUUUAAUAUACAUAUUGUAUAUCUGUUUCUUAAUCAUUUAUAAUCGGCUGUGUUUAUAUUUGUAUGUGAUUAUGGUGACUAUACUAUAAUUCUAUAUUUUUUCCAAAACAAAUGCAAUUUUUUGAAUAAAAAUAUCGAACAAAGUAUACUUAAUUUUCAUCACUAUAAUAAAGCUUAAAAGGCAAUGGAUUAUUGAAGAUUAUAAUUAAACUAGUCAAAAAAAAUUCAAUCAGAUUUUAUAUAGUUUAUAAGUUGAUA